UGCAUCGGCGCUAGACACUGAAUCCGGGGAUUAUUGCGUCUGUUAACUGAUCUUUAAAAGAUCUCCGCUGGGCUGGUCCCCCGCUGAUCUUCUCGAAAAUGGCAGCGUCUUACACAUCGCUCGUGGCACCUUCUGGCCGCCCUGAGAGUCCCCUUUUGACUUGGUUCUUCUUUGGGAUUCUUUUGACGGCCCUAGUGCUCCUGCUACCAAUAUUCUCCGAUGCCUGUGAUAGUCCACCAAGAUUUCAAACUAUGAAGCUCCGGGGUGCAGCUAAACCCAGCUACAGUUCUGGAGAAACUGUAAAAUAUGAGUGUCGCCCAGGUUACAAGCCCAUUUUUCCUCCUCUUCCCACCUCCACAGUUUGUCAGGAUGAUAAUACAUGGGCACCACUAAUGGAGGCUUGUACACGAAAAUUAUGUCCUAAUCUAGGAGAUCCUGUUAAUGGCCAAGUUAUCUACGUAAAUGAAAGCUUUGCAUUUGGUACACAAGCUCAUUUUGUUUGUAAUGAGGGUUUUUACAUAAUUGGAGAAAAAAUUCUACAUUGUGAAAUUUCUGAAAAUACUGUGGCCUGGAAUGAUAAUCCUCCAAUAUGUGAAAAGAUUAAGUGUUCACCACCUACAAAAAUAGAAAAUGGAAGAUACACCAAUAGCCACAAGGAUGUUUUUGAAUAUAAUGAAGCAGUAACUUAUAUUUGUGAUCCUUCGAGUGGACCAGAUGAAUAUUCACUUGUUGGAGAGAGCAGGCUUGUUUGUGUUGGGAGUGACACAUGGAGUAGUGACGCUCCUCAGUGUAAAGUGGUCAAAUGUAUCUAUCCAAUUGUCGAUCAUGGAACCAUGGUAUCAGGAUUUAGAGCAAAAUAUUACUACAAAGCAGAAGUUGUAUUUGAAUGUGACGAGGGUUUUAGCCUUCGUGGCAAAAGCAGAAUUGUCUGUGGCGCAGACAGUACUUGGGAGCCUGAGUUGCCAACAUGUGUUAAAGCAUCGAUUCCUGCCACUACAAAACAUCCAUAUUCCAGUGUCUCAGGUUCUCAAUCUUCUCGUCCACCUACCACUCCAGUAUCAAGUUCUACAGGACAUCCCAGUCUACCUGAUGAUUUACAUCCUGAACACCCGGAGGAUUUAGAUGUAGGACUCAUUGCUGUGAUUGUUCUUACUGUAGUUGCCGCCAUCACGGUAUCUGCUGCCUGCUUGUACAAAUUUUCCAUGCGGAGACAGGAAGAAAAUUAAAGCAUGUUUCUUUAAUUUAUUGGUCCUUCUCACUCUUAACAUACUUUUGUGCAGUUUAUUUGUACUCUGUGUUACAUACUAUUUUUUAAAUCGGCCUACAUGAGUAUGUUGUUUGGAUUUCAUUUAUUUACUAAAAAUAUUUUUAGCUGCUUUUAAUAUCAACCCCACAAGAGUAACCUGUUGCAGGUCGCUUCAGAUAUUGAGAUACAAGAAAGACUUCUGUGAUAUUUGAGGUUCAAGUUCUGAAGCAGAUCAAACCAUGAUGAGGCCUUCCCUGCCCUCGAUGUACCCUACUUUCUACACUGAACUAGUGGCCAAGAUUAAAUUUAAAUUUGUUCACUGUGGAGACUUUGAUAACUGUUUCCACUUGAAUUUUUAUGGUGAAAUGUUCCCAUUUGUCUGCAUAACUUGGGUAGUUGUAUGAAGGUACCUAGGUAUCUCAUUCAAAUACCCAAUUUGAUUUCUUUUCAUUUAGAGAAGUUAUUUAUACAAGUUAAACUGGGGAAUUAAAAGCAACACUGAUUUUCCUCGUAUGUUCUCUUAAUUUACUAGGUGGCGGUAAAACUGAUGGGGUUAAACUAAAAGUUGCUGAGAGGGGUAAGAUUUACAAGGCACUUCAUUAAUUUUUUCUGUCUUUUUAUCUAUAUAAAUGGAAAAAGCAAGGGAGCUUAGUUUUUUUAAAGUACAAAUACAUAUCUUCUAAGAAAAAUAGGGUUUUUUAAUCAAGCUUAAAUUUUAAUGAAAUAACCUACAACUUAAUUAAAGAACAAAUCAUGGAGCGUAGACUAAGAUUACGUACUUUGAAAUUUCUGAUUUUUCAGUGAUUUUUCCUUAUAAUGCUUUGGAAAUAGCUUUAAAAUCAAGCUAAUAAUUUUAAGACUU